CCCGCCGAGCCCCGCCCCUCCGCCCGCGAGGGCCCCAGCGGCGCGACCGCGGAACCUCAGUCCCCGGGCCAGGCUGGGGCGGCCGGCCCGGACCCGCCAGAUGAGGUCUCCUGUCUCUAGGGAUGGUGAAGUUGGACAGAGGCUCCCUUAACCCUCCUCCGGGAUGAACCACCUGCCAGGAAACAUGGAGAACACUCUCUCUGGGAGCCAGAGCUCCCAUGCCUCUCUGCGUGAUGUCCACUCUAUCAACCCCACGCAACUCAUGGCCAGGAUCGAGUCCUAUGAAGGAAGGGAAAAGAAAGGCAUAUCUGACGUCAGGAGGACUUUCUGUUUGUUUGUCACCUUUGACCUCUUAUUUGUAACAUUACUGUGGAUAAUAGAGUUAAAUGUGAAUGGAGGCAUUGAGAACACGUUGGAGAAGGAGGUGGUGCAGUAUGACUACUACUCUUCUUAUUUUGAUAUAUUUCUUUUGGCAGUUUUCCGAUUUAAAGUGUUAAUACUUGCGUAUGCUGUGUGCAGACUGCGCCACUGGUGGGCAAUUGCGUUGACAACAGCAGUGACCAGUGCCUUUUUAUUAGCAAAAGUGAUCCUCUCGAAGCUUUUCUCUCAAGGGGCGUUCGGCUACGUGCUGCCCAUUAUUUCAUUCAUCCUUGCCUGGAUCGAGACGUGGUUCCUGGAUUUCAAAGUCUUACCUCAAGAAGCAGAAGAAGAAAGCAGACUCCUGAUAGUUCAGGAUGCUUCAGAGAGGGCAGCCCUCAUACCCGGAGGUCUUUCUGAUGGUCAGUUUUAUUCCCCUCCUGAAUCUGAAGCAGGAUCUGAAGAAGAAGCUGAAGAAAAACAAGGCAGUGAAAAGCCACUUUUAGAACUAUGAGUACUGCUUUUGUUAAAGACAGCAUCAAGGAGUGAACUGAAGGGAAGUGUCUAAAUCCUGGAGCCAAAUCCCAACGCACACAGUAGCUAACAUUGUGUGUCAAAUGCAAGGAGCCCUACCCCCCUGCAGUGUAAGUUUGAUAGCAAUCUCAUGUGUGCGAAAAUGGAUAUUUUCUUUCCAUUAGCUGUGGCCUUUUGAAAGUGAGCAAAGUUGGUUGCGGUUUAACUGUCCUUAUUUUCUCUUUAAACACCUCAGCCACCCUUGUGCAGCUUCAGCCAGUAGGGACCGCUUUGGCUUUGAGCGUUUUCCCUGAAUCAACCACAUUUGACAGAGCACAUGAACACAAGGAGUCUGAGAAAAUAAAACAGCCUCAGCCACACCGGCACCCUCCCGCCGCCCGCUGUGUCACCUCCACCACACCAAGCCUCCUCUUCUGCACACUGCCCAGGCUUGGGCAGCCCGUGUGCACUCACGAAGGAAGUUACUGAGGAGUCUGAAACCACAGCAGACACGGUGUACUUCCCCAGCUGGCCCUAGCAGCCCCCAAAGCUCUUAAUGAUUUCGGAGUUUCCUGCCUUUGCUUCUGUGCUUUUCAAAUGCAGAACGAGUUCCAGAUCUCUAGAAGCCAAGAAUUUGGAAUAAAAAGAUCUGUUCAAUUGAUGAGAACGCAUGGGGUAGAUAUGAAUUAAACUUU